GUGGUUGUUCAUUUGAUGAGCACUACAGUAAUUGUGGUUAUAGUGUGGCCUUGGGAACCAAUGGAUUUACCUGGGAGCAGAUCAAUACCUGGGAAAAGCCAACAAUGGAUCCUGCUGUCCCAACUGGCUCCUUCAUGAUGGUGAACAGCUCUGGGCGGGCGUCUGGGCAGAAGGCUCACCUGCUGUUGCCUACGCUGAAGGAAAAUGACACACAUUGCAUCGACUUCCACUAUUACUUAUCCAGCAGAGACCGGUCGAGUCCCGGCUCUCUCAACGUCUACGUGAAGGUGAACGGAGGACCACAGGGCAAUCCCAUAUGGAACGUCUCGGGGGUUGUUACAGAAGGAUGGGUGAAAGCAGAACUUGCCAUCAGUACAUUCUGGCCACAUUUUUAUCAGGUGAUAUUUGAAUCUGUCUCUUUGAAAGGACAUCCAGGGUACAUAGCUGUGGAUGAAGUCAGAGUUCUCGCCCAUCCGUGCAGAAAAGCACCUCACUUCCUACGACUUCAGAAUGUGGAGGUUAAUGUGGGACAGAACGCGACAUUCCAGUGCAUCGCUGGGGGGAAGUGGUCGCAGCAUGACAAACUCUGGCUUCAGCAGUGGAAUGGAAGGGACACGGCAUUAAUGGUCACUCGAGUGGUCAACCAUAGACGUUUUUCUGCUACUGUCAGUGUAGCUGACACCUCUCAACGCAGUAUCAGCAAGUACCGAUGCGUCAUUCGUUCAGAUGGUGGAUCUGGAGUUUCGAAUUACGCAGAAUUAAUAGUGAAAGAACCCCCAACUCCUAUCGCCCCUCCGGAGCUGCUGGCUGUCGGAGCCACGUACCUGUGGAUCAAACCCAACGCCAACUCCAUCAUUGGAGAUGGGCCCAUCAUCUUGAAAGAGGUGGAAUAUCGGACGACCACUGGGAAUUGGGCAGAAACGCACAUUGUAGACUCUCCUAAUUAUAAACUGUGGCAUUUGGAUCCUGAUGUGGAGUACGAGAUCAGAGUGCUGCUCACUCGCCCUGGAGAAGGAGGCACAGGCCCGCCUGGACCGCCACUCACAACAAGAACGAAAUGUGCAGAUCCUGUCCAUGGGCCACAGAACGUAGAAGUUGUUGAUAUUCGUUCGCGGCAGCUGACGUUGCAGUGGGAGCCUUUUGGUUAUGCGGUGACCCGCUGCCACAGCUACAAUCUCACGGUCCAGUACCAGUAUGUGUUUAACCAGCAAAAAUUUGAGGCAGAGGAACUCAUCCAAACUUCUUCCCACUACACCUUGCGAGGUCUCCGGCCCUUCAUGACCAUCAGGCUGAGGUUAGCCCUCUCUAACCCAGAGGGCAAAAUGGAGAGUGAGGAGUUGGUUGUGCAGACUGAGGAGGAUGUUCCUGGACCCGUUCCCUUGGAAUCCAUCCAGGGAGGACCUUUUGAAGAGAAGAUCUAUGUUCAGUGGAAGCCUCCAAAUGAGACAAAUGGCAUCAUUACACUCUAUGAGAUUACGUACAAGGCCGUUGGGUCUCUGGAUCCCAGUGCUGACCUGUCCAGCCAACGAGGGAAAGUCUUCAAGCUGAGGAACGAAACACAUCACCUCUUUGUAGGGUUAUACCCGGGGACUACGUAUUCGUUCACCAUCAAAGCCAGCACAGUGAAGGGCUUUGGGCCACCCAUCACAACGCGGAUCGCAACAAAGAUCUCAGCACCGUCGAUGCCGGAAUACGACACGGACUCCCCCCUGAACGAGACUGACACCACCAUCACUGUUAUGCUGAAGCCCGCGCAGUCCCGGGGAGCACCUGUCAGUGUCUAUCAACUUGUUGUCAAGGAGGAGAAGCUGCAGAAAGCACGGAGAGCUGCAGACAUCAUUGAAUGCUUCUCUGUCCCGGUGAGCUACAAGAACGCUUCCAGUCUUGACUCCCCGCACUACUUUGCAGCCGAGCUGAAACCCAUCAACCUGCCCGUCACACAGCCUUUCACCGUGGGUGACAACAAAACCUACAACGGCUACUGGAAUGCUCCGCUUUCUCCCCUGAAAAGCUACAGCAUAUACUUCCAGGCGCUUAGCAAGGCAAAUGGAGAAACAAAAAUCAACUGUGUCCGGCUGGCAACAAAAGGAGCUUCCACCCAGAAUUCCAAUGCAGUGGAACCAGAAAAACAAGUUGACAGCACGGUGAAAAUGGCCGGAGUUAUAGCUGGUCUGCUGAUGUUUGUUAUUAUCCUCUUGGGAGCAAUGCUCACCAUCAAGAGAAGAAGAAAUGCGUAUUCCUACUCCUAUUACUUGAAGCUAGCCAAGAAGCAGAAGGAGACUCAGACCAGCACGCAGAGGGAGAUGGGUCCCGUGGCUACUUCCGACAAGACCUCUACCAAACUCAGUGCUGUUCACAACGAAGAAGCUUUUUCUUCCAGCUGCCAAGAUGUUAAUGGAUUCACAUCACCCUCUCCUUGUUCAUUUUCUGUCCAAAGCAAAACCCUUCAGAGCAAAUCUUUGUUGAAUUCCUACUACUCAGUAUCAUCAGACACUGUUCCAUCGACCACGCUGUUAGACAGUAGCCAUGGAGAGAUGGCCCAGCCAACCCUGACUAUCCAGACCCACCCGUACCGGAGCUGCGAGCCGGUGGAAAUGUCCUACCCCCGGGGGCAGUUCCAGCCAGCCAUCCGAGUGGCCGACCUGCUGCAGCACAUCACCCAGAUGAAGCGGGGACAGGGCUAUGGAUUUAAAGAGGAGUAUGAGGCGCUACCCGAGGGGCAGACGGCAUCCUGGGAUACAGCCAAGGAGGACGAAAACCGCAAUAAGAAUAGAUAUGGAAACAUAAUCUCCUAUGAUCAUUCAAGAGUGAGAUUGCAACUGCUGGAUGGGGACCCUCACUCUGACUACAUAAACGCCAAUUACAUCGACGGAUAUCACCGGCCUCGCCAUUGCAUUGCAACUCAAGGGCCGAUGCAGGAGACAGUGAAGGAUUUCUGGAGAAUGAUUUGGCAAGAAAACUCUGCAAGUGUUGUCAUGGUCACCAACUUGGUGGAAGUGGGCAGGGUAAAGUGUGUUCGAUACUGGCCAGAUGACACAGAGGUCUAUGGAGAUAUUAAAGUCACAUUAAUUGAGACAGAACCAUUGGCAGAGUAUGUCAUACGCACAUUUACUGUACAAAAGAAAGGCUACCAUGAGAUCCGAGAGAUUCGUCAGUUCCACUUCACCAGCUGGCCGGACCACGGCGUUCCUUGCUAUGCCACGGGCCUCCUGGGCUUCGUCCGUCAAGUGAAGUUUCUCAAUCCCCCAGAAGCAGGACCCAUUGUUGUGCACUGCAGUGCUGGGGCCGGGAGAACAGGGUGCUUUAUUGCCAUCGACAUCAUGCUUGACAUGGCAGAGAACGAAGGCGUGGUAGAUAUAUUUAACUGUGUGCGAGAGCUGCGAUCCCAAAGGGUCAAUCUGGUGCAGACGGAGGAGCAGUAUGUAUUUGUCCAUGAUGCCAUUUUGGAGGCAUGUCUCUGUGGCAACACGGCCAUUCCAGUUUGUGAGUUCAGAUCCAUAUAUUACAACAUCAGCAGACUAGAUCCACAGACCAAUUCCAGCCAGAUAAAAGAUGAGUUUCAGACUCUUAAUAUUGUGACACCGCGUGUUCGCCCAGAAGAUUGCAGCAUCGGUCUUUUGCCAAGGAACCAUGACAAGAACCGCUGCAUGGAUGUGUUGCCCUUGGACCGGAGCCUGCCUUUCCUCAUCUCCGUGGAUGGUGAAUCAAGUAACUACAUCAAUGCUGCACUCAUGGAUAGCCACAAGCAACCUGCUGCCUUUAUUGUAACCCAACACCCUUUGCCCAACACCAUCGCAGACUUCUGGAGGCUGGUGUUUGAUUAUAACUGCUCCUCGGUGGUGAUGCUGAAUGAGAUGGAUGCAGCACAACUCUGCAUGCAGUACUGGCCAGAGAAGACAUCUUGUUGUUAUGGCCCAAUUCAAGUAGAGUUUGUUUCAGCAGACAUCGAUGAAGAUAUCAUCAACCGGAUAUUCCGGAUCUGUAAUAUGGCCAGGCCUCAGGACGGGUAUCGCAUAGUUCAGCACCUGCAGUACAUUGGCUGGCCGGCCUACAGGGACACCCCUCCUUCCAAACGCUCCCUCCUGAAGGUGGUCAGAAGGUUGGAGAAGUGGCAGGAGCAGUACGAUGGGAGAGACGGACGCACUGUUGUCCACUGCCUGAACGGCGGGGGACGCAGCGGCACCUUCUGCGCCAUCUGCAGCGUGUGUGAAAUGAUUCAACAGCAAAACAUCAUUGACGUGUUCCACAUAGUGAAAACGUUACGGAAUAACAAAUCCAACAUGGUGGAGUCAUUGGAACAGUAUAAAUUUGUAUACGAGGUUGCACUGGAAUACUUGAGUUCCUUCUAGCCCAGCAGAGGGGAGGGCAGGCUCCGAAAUGGCAGACCCCAAUCCCUGGCAGACGCUUCUCCCCUCUCCCACACUGGAAGGCAGUGACAAGUGUGGGAAGGAAAACCUCUCCUUCCCGGAGCAAGAGACUGAGAUUGCACAGACCUCGCUGGAAGGAGGAGACGAUGCCUGUGUUUGCUGCUGCCUGCUUUUUAUCGGAACAUCUACCGCUUCUUAAAUAACCUACUGUAAAAAUAAGCAAAAUGGGAGGCAGGCUGAAAGACUGGACUUUCUAAUUCCCUCUGACUUCUUCUCUCCUCUUUUGGAUUGUAUUUUUGCUCCCCUUGCUGCAGAGUGGGGAAAGAAUGAAACCCUUAGGGAAAUUCUCUUUUAAAUGUCUCCUUUUUAAUUUAUAAUUUUGUUCUCAAAUCUUAGUCUUUAAUUUUUGAAUUUCAUGCAGCAGUCAUUUGGGAAAAAUGAGAUAGCCAUAGGGGAUAUAGGAAAUGUUACAUUACGAUUUGUCUAUCCUAUCUGUUUCCUUUUAUUUUAUUUUUUUUUUUCCAAAUGAAAAG